AUGUAAAUCAUGAAAUCUUAGAAAGCAGCUAAUAUUUCUAUUUAAAAAAACAAAUAGAAAUCUUAGUUAAUUUUUUUAAGUAUUUAGAAAAUAACAAUUCAUAAAAUAAAAUACCCAUAGAAAUAAAAUAGUUCCUUACUUUAGAAGAAAGUUGUAUUUAUAAAAACAAUAAUCUAAACUAAAUUCAUGAAUUUCUUACGAAACUAGAGUUCCUAGAAAUUGAUAUCAUAGGUUGUUUUCCUUAAAGAACUGAAAACAUAAAUCUUUUGGCUUAAAGCAUCAAAUAAUUCAGCAAACUAAUAAAAUUAAAAAUAAAGAUAAGACCUCAUAAUAGUAAUUAGAUUAAUUUAGAAGAUAUUAUUGUAUCAAUUGGCUCAUUAGAAUUGUUAGAAAAGCUUGUUUUAUAUUUUAGUGGUAACUACGUCUAUAAAAAUAUGA